AUGGAGCCUCAGAUGGCUGUAUCACUGGCUUCAGCUGUCAUACAACUUGUCGACUUUUCGAGGAAAGUGGUCCAAAAGGACAAGGUGGGCAAAGUAUCUAAAUCCACCAGCACCACCCUAGGAGAGGCUACACUGCUCGAUGACGCCAUCGCUAAUCUCGGCGACUUAUCACAACAACUUGAGAAGGCACGACGCGCAUACUACAAGUCUCAUAUAUCCCCUGAUCAGGAAACUGCAGAUGCGCGUCUGAAUGUAUUGGCGAAAGAUGGCGGGGGAGUGGCGAAGAUCUUACAGGCCACACUGGACCAAGCGAAGCGCGACAAUGCCGUGGACAAGGAGACGGUACUUGCACAAGGACUACGCAGCAUUCUGAACUUGUACUACAGUCAGAAGACGAUAUGUGAUCUUGCGGAUAAACUUGGCUCUAUUCGUAAGCAAGUAGAUGUCGCUCUGCUUGCCUCGCUCCGGCAGUAUGCGUCUAUCGCGCAUCACGAUUGGAAAACUACGGAGACGGUUGAUGUCGCUGCAUUUUCAGACACAUUCGAGAACUCCGUCGUAAACAAUGAUAUGGAACGCCGAUUCGCCAGCUUGAUGUUGGCGCGCUUGCAUUUCACUGGCAUGCACGAUCGUCACCCUCGCACCGCCGCUCACCUGCGCGCCUGGGCCAACGGAAGGACACUUGUCAAAGGAAGUUCCUUCUUGUCUAGUCUGGGCAACGACAUGCAAAAGUCGCGUAUGGGGCUUCUACAAACCUUGCUUCACUCUGCGCUCAAAGGCGACAUGGAAAUCCUGAUCCAGGUCUUUCGUCAUCGCUGGCAACAAUUCCUUGCUUCUGGUGGAGGACGACAACCUUUCACAUGGCUUGAACUGCGUCAGGCCUUUAUAACAAUGAUCUCCACGCCUAGCACACCAACAUCGUUCUUCUUCGCAAUCGAUGGCCUAGACGAACUCGAGGGCGGCCUGAAAGACCUUCUUCAAUUAAUCAAAGAUAUAGCCAAAUAUCCAAAUGUCAAGGUUUGCGUUGCCAGUCGGUCGUCGCCAGAGCUUCUUCGCGCAUUGGCAGGCCAUCCUAAUCUACGCCCUGAACGUUGGAAUCGCCAGGAUAUCUGCAACUACGUCACGGCCUCCCUAGCAAGGUCGCAAGUAUACGUCAAGCUCAGCAAAACGGAUCCCACUCGCGCCACUGAACUGGCCAAAGGUAUAGCCAAGAAGGCAGCCGGCGUUUUUCUCUGGGCACACAUCGUGGCGCAAUUGUUGCUAGAUGAUCUGUCACCGACAGCCCGCAUAGGUAAUCUCAUUGCUCGGCUCGAGAAAAUUCCAUCGGGACUAGAGCAACUAUUCACCAAACUCCUCGGACGUCUGGACUCGAAGCAUCUCAAGCACGCGUCGCAAAUCCUCCGUCUGAUGACGAUAAAACCACGGCCCCUUCUGCUCGAGCUAUGGUUUGCAGACAGCAACAACGACGACGCGGCAUUGAGGGAUGAAGCCCGACCGCUGUCUGGAUUGUCAAAGGCGUCUCGUGUUACCUGGACACACCGCAUUGCGAAAGACUUUGUCCGAUCUCAACGAAUAUGGAACAUCAUACUCGAUAACACCGGCCAUGAUGCUUUCGAUCCUGAGUGGCACUGGGCCAACGGUCAACUAGGUCUAUUCAAGACCGUUGCCGGGACCACCAGCACCAAGACUUCUCACUUCCUAUCUUGCGUCGAAUACGCACUGCGACUAGAGCAGCGGCUCAAUAUCUGCCCCGUCAAGUUCCUAGAUGAAGUCGGCCGUACCGCAACGAUAUACGCGACUGUGUACGACGACAUCGUGCCUCGGAAACUCAAAGGCACUAUCAAUAGCUUUCUAGAGUUCGCCGUACUGUUCAAUCUCGUAAGCUACGUUCGUGGCAGAGGCCUAAUGCUAUCGAGAGACGAGUUAUUACAUGCUUCUCGCUUGCUAGGCGCGCUGGACGGUAGGAAGUGGGAAGUGUUUGUAAAGCGUUUUGAGCACUCUGGGAUCUGGAGUAAGGAGUUUGAAGAAAGAAAAAAGGAUAUGCAACAGGUGGUGGACAGUUUGCUUGAUCGCGGAGGCGGUGAGUCAAGGUGGCAAAGAGCGAGGAAGAGACUAUCUAGGCAGAAGAAGACGUGA